CGGAAAUUUCUUUCGAAAACCCCUUGCGCCAUCCACACCGCACCGUGGUACUGGCAGCAUCGCCAAUUUUUUUUUUUUAAUUUUUUUGAUGUGGGAAAACUCUUCAUCCGUUCAGUGGGGUUUUCUUUUCGUGGGGAAACUGGUACUGGGGGAAGGGAUUUAAAGAGAAUGCAAAAAAGUAUGCGAAAGUGACAACAAACAGGCUGUUCGUAGAGGAGCCGGGCGUGUGUGGGAAAUCCCGCCAUCAAGCAAGCGUCGAAAUGCUUCAUUUUGUGCCGUCGCGUGUGAACUGUGUGUGUGUGUGUGUGCGUGUGUCUGAAAUACGAUACGAUCUGAAGAGGGUGCAUCUCGUGCACUUCCUUUCGGCCACAGUGUUUGAAGUUUUGUGCUUAAAAUGUGUCAAAAUGUGUUUGGUUUAACGGAUCUAGCGAAGGUUAAUUUUCAAGUGCUUUAUCGUGACAGAGCUCCGACGGCACCCAGUGCUUGUUAGAGCAAGUGUGAAGAGCAAACGGAGCGCCCCAAAUUUCAAUCGUUGUUGAAACGCUUCGGACGCAACCAUGCAGUAGCAGUUCCCCAAAAAGCUCGUGUUGCUCGUUUCGUUCGGGACCGGGGAACGCCUAGAAUGAUCAGUACGGAUCGGCACGUGCCGGAUCUGACACUGACCACCAGCCGGAUCCUUCGACCGUUCGAGCGCGUCGCACACCGUGCCCGCCCGUGCCCGUCCGUUCCUCGCCGCGCCAGUCGCCGCACCGGCAGCACAAGAUGAGUGACAAGCUAACCGGUGGGCGGUACAACCGUAUCAGCCCAUCCUCGGGCCGGGGGUCCAUUAUCGCCUACUCGCCACUGCCGAAGUCGGAGCAGGACUGCCUGCAGGCGCCCGGGAACAACUGUCUCGCGAUACCGCUGUCCGCGAUACAGACGACGGCCGACCAUGCCAGCGCCCACGGGCUCCACCAUCCGAUCAAUCUGGCGCACGCCAACUCGCUGCCGGUGGUCGGCGGUAUGGCCGGCAAGCUGCCGAACGCCGGGCACGGUAUGGUGGCGCACGGCGACGCCCAGAAACAUGCGGCCAGCCAGCAACAGAGCCACCACCACCACAGCAACAACAUUAACAACAACCACAACAGUAACCACAACAAUGGGAACAAUAACAACAACAACAACAACAAUGCGAACCACAAUUCCAGCGGAAAGCGCUUUAUUAUCGUCAGUGACAUCAAGAAAACAGUAAGCUUUGGCGGGCAGCCGGGCAGCGGUGGGUUCGUCAGCUCCCGCAGUGAACCGAUCUCGCUGGCAACGCUGGAUAAGGACUGCUUCAUCAUUCCGGUCCACAGCCUGGACCGCUUCCUGCCGGCAGGAAUUCCGCAACUACCGACGCCGGAAACGGCCGACCCGUCCCAGGUCGGGCCGCUCAGCGUGCUCGAGGUGUCCGAUCCAAAGAUCUGCAUCCUAGCCCACCUAAUGAGCCCACUGGAACCGAUCGAUCCACUGCUGGAGUCGCCCCUAGCCCACCCGCUCAUGAAGCAGCGUGCCGUCGCGUCCGAGCUGCUGAACGAGGUCCAGCAGGGCAACAAUGCCGUCGGCGGAAUGCUGCUCGCCAACAUGGAGCGAAGUUCCGCCGAAUUUCCCUUCAUCGCUUACUAUGUGAUAAACACCACCCAAACCGAUCCCGCCAUGUUCUACACGGGGGUGCGCGGCGCUUCGCUGUCCAAGUUUGAGCCGAAAAACACGCGCUACACCGCAGCCCACACGCUCGACCUGUACAGCGAGGUAGCGUCCAUCUGCCGGCCACCGCUAGCGCUCGCCCCGAACGAGAUUGGCAGCGUGAAGAAGGGCCAAACGCCCUCCACCGGGUACAUCAUUAGUGUCUACAAGGUGUACGAAGGUGAUGAUGGAGAACGCUUCGAGCGUAACUGGCUGUACUGGACCGGUGCCAGGAUGAUUUACAGGUACCUUCCCAAAACGGCCGGUCUGCGGAGAAUAACGCUUCACAAAAGUGUAUCGUCGCGCGGCGACAAGAUGUAUCUGCUGCUUUGCGAAUGUGCCGACCUGCUCAAGGAUCUGUCGGCGGCUGCCCUGCUAAUACCGGCCCUUCGCGCACGGUUAUGCGGCUACACGGGACUGUACCGGCCAAUUCAAACCUUCUGAAGCCUCCGCCAUCGUUUCCAUCCAAUCGGUAAACUACUUUUCCGCGCUCUGAUAACUUCUACUGACACCUGCCUGCCAAUCGAACGUGUUGCGCUUUGUCGAACACAAGAAGAAGAAAAAACAAAUCCCACAAAACCAUAGGCGCAAAAAAGCAAC